AUGGACAAGGACGAAUACAACAAUGAUGAUACUCAGCUGGCCCAGAUGGGCCAUAAGUCUGAACUCAAGCGGAAUUACUCCUUAAUUUCCAUGCUGGGUCUUGCUUUCGCCAUUUUGAAUUCAUGGACCGCUCUGUCGGCGAGUUUAUCUCUGAGUCUGCCAUCCGGAGGCAGUACCAGUGUCGUCUGGGGUCUUGUCACAGCAGGUAUCUGUAAUUUGUGCAUGGCCACUUCUCUGGCCGAGUUCCUUUCUGCAUACCCCACAGCCGGUGGUCAAUACCAUUGGGUCGCUGUGACUUCAUGGAGACGCUACAUGCCCAUCCUGUCGUGGAUUACCGGCUGGGUCAACUGCUCCGGCUGGGUUGCACUGGUCGCAACGGGUGGCUUGCUUGGCAGCCAGCUUAUUCUCGGUGUCAUCUCGCUGAUGAACCCGGCGUACAAUCCUCAGCGAUGGCACCAAUUUUUGAUCUACCUCGCUUACAAUAUUGUUGCUUUCGUCGUCAACGCUCUGAUGAACAACAUCAUGCCCUAUGUCACCAAGGGUGCUUUCAUCUGGUCUUUGACUGGCUUCGCCGUCAUCUGUAUCACUGUUCUUUCAUGUGCUUCGCCGAACUACAACUCUGCAGAGUUCGUGUUUACCGAUUUCAUCAACACUACGGGAUGGCCUGAUGGAGUUGCUUGGUUGCUCGGUCUUUUGCAAGGAGGUCUCGGUGUUACUGGCUUCGACGGUGUUGCCCACAUGAUUGAAGAAAUUCCAAACCCCUCCGUUGAGGGACCCAAAAUUAUGAUCGCCUGCGUUGGCAUUGGUACCAUCACUGGUACCAUCUUUUUGGUCUGCCUGCUGUUCGUGGCUGGUGAUAUCAACAAAAUCAUUGAGUCGGCGGCAACUCCGCUGCUCGCAAUCCUGAAGAACGCCACACAGAGCAACGCUGGCGCCAUUUGCCUUUUGAUCUUCCCCCUCGUCUGUGUCCUGUUUGCCGCGACAGCCAUCAUGACCACCAGCAGUCGUAUGAUCUAUGCCUUCGCACGUGACGGUGGUCUCCCUGCUUCCCCAUUCUUCUCUCGCAUUCACCCCAAGCUGAAUGUCCCCUUGAACUCGCUUUACCUCAACCUGGCCCUUGUGACCAUCUUCGGUUGCAUCUUCCUGGGCUCCUCCAGCGCCUUCAACGCCAUUGUGUCGGCAUCAGUAGUGCUCCUGGACCUCUCAUACGCGAUGCCAAUCGCAGUCAACUGUGCUCGAGGAAGAAGGAUGCUUCCUGAGCGUUCUUUCAAUUUGGCCCCGUGGUUUGGAUGGACUAUUAACCUUAUUUCGUUGGCGUACAUCGCCCUUACCACCAUCCUCUUCCUCUUCCCCCCUUCAAUUCCUGCCACUGGUAGCAGCAUGAACUACUGUGUUGCUGCCUUUGGAAUCGUCUUUAUCAUUUCCACCAUCCAGUGGAUUGUGGACGGGCGCAAGAACUUCGUUGGUCCUCGCAUCGAGGUCGAAAUCUUCACCGGAGAGGUUGGCCCCCAGCCGGAACAGCCAAUUCCAUUCGUGGAGCAGCAUAAGCAGUAA